GUCUCCCAUAUACAGUAAUGCCUGUCUACGUGUCUACGUAGUUUAUUGACUUCCACUUAACCAGAAAAUAACCGGCGGAAGAAACUGCGUGUGGGGUGACUCGCUUCCUUUCCCCUCUUUGGUCAGGGCGAGGAGUGUCAGCAAUACUUCCUGAAACACCUGUUUGUCAGGUAGUGCACACUGGGUAGGCACAGCGGAGAAACUGAGUCACACAAAAAAAUGGACGACGAGUAUCCGAAACGCAAAAUUUGACUAGACUUGACAAUUUAUUCUAACUUUUUCUAAAGCCUUACAUCAUUCUACUAAAAUGGUUUGGCAUCAACACAGGAUUAUACGUUUGAACAUUGUCGUGUUGCUGUAUUUAAUGGUUUGUUUUGUGCUGUGCCCUGUGUCAGCCAUGACAGUGAGCUCCCCUGCAGAGGUCCAUUCUGUGAAGGGCGACGCCGUCACCCUGACUUGCACCUUCACCUCUACCAGCCGAGCCACCAGCCGUAUGUCAGUGGACUGGUCCUACAGGCCCCAGACCGGAGGCCCUCCGCAGGCAUUCUUCCACUUCUCCUCUCUGGCGUUCCCUCCGCAGGACGGCCAGUUUAACGGGCGCGUGAAGUGGCUGGGCAGCCCGGCCCGGGGCGACGCCUCCAUCCAGCUCCUCAACGCCUCCCUCAGCGACAACGGCACCUACACCUGCUCAGUCAGGAACCCCCCUGACGUUCACGGAUCCCCCACCUCACAGACCGUCCUCACCGUGACGCCCAAAGUGCCCACGGUUCGUUUCUCGGACGUGGCGGUGCUUCUAGCCUUCAUCCUGCUUCCUUCUGCCAUCAUCACGCUGGUUCUGCUGGGUCGCAUGUGCUGCCCUCCGAGGGACAAGAGCCAGGCCCAGGGCUACCACUCCCCUAUUGAGGUCACACCCGAAGAUGAGCCUGGCUUCAAGCAGAUCAACCGCAAGGAGAAAAACAUGACAUGCUGCGACCUAUAUUUGCUGGAUUCCGACUAUGAGGAUUACUACAUCCACAAAGAGAGGCCUCUGGCUCAGGGAGAGAUCAUGGCUGAGUCUCAGUGCUAGAGACCCCUGGUGGCAGUGCUCUGUAAGGUGCUCUGCCUUGCCAAUGGGAGGGGUUGGCCAGAAUUCUCGCUUACACUGUUUGUUAAAAACGCCAAGAUUCCUGGACUUAGUUCUGUCUCACACAUCAGUAUCCACACCCACUUUACACUCCUCCCUUCUUUCAUGGCUUGUCAACAGCUGAUUCUACUGGUGGGAUAGACAUGGAUCGGGUGCCUGACACACGGACACACACAUACGUUUUGCACUAUACUCUAAACAUUUCUGGAUAGAUUUUCCUAUUAUGAAGGAGAUGCGUAUAUUACUAAGUUAUUGUCUGCUUUAUCAAUUUUGUAAUUUAGAAUCAUUGUUUUUGUACAGCUAUUAUGAGAGUUUUUGUUGAACUAUCGGUCCUUAUGGAAUCUAUUGCUAGAAUUGUAGACAGUCUUUGCCUGUGGCUACAUCUGCUUCAUUGAGUCCAAUUAAUAUUAUUUUAAACAUAUAUUUCAGAGUUUGUGUUACAUUUGUACCCGUUGGUAUAACUACAUUCAGGAGUGGACCAAUUAUGACCUCUGAUUUAGAUGUUGAAUGAUUUUACAGGAUUUGAUUUACAUGUUGGAAUUUGGAUGUACAGUGUAGUGAAUGUUGUUGAAUGCAUGUAUGUGCAAAUGAUAUAAAAAUGAUGCUUAAUACAAUACAUAAAUGUUCUUGUCCGUUGGUUAAAAGGUUUGUCCAUUUACCAUGUAAGUUGAACUACAGUACAUUUUCAAUAGUGUCGGUCUUUAAACCUUAUCUGACUUAAACUGGCACCCAUGCUGUUUGAAAUCCCCAUCCAUGUUGCUGGUGUGAACUACACUGAAGUAAAAUAUAAACGCAACAUGUAAAGUGUUGGUCCCAUGUUUCAUGAGUUGAAAUAAACAGUCCCAGAAAUGUU